AUGCACACUUCACUGCAAAAUCUUCCAGCAAAAACAUAUAAUAUACAUGGAUCCCUGGUCACUGUAACAUUGAGAGAAACAAACAAGCCGCAAGGCUGUCAAACUAACAUGCCCGUGCACAUGCUGUGGGGUUGUCCUCACCGUUCAACACAUACUCUUGGACACAGGGAUACGCAAGAAACACUAGCAGUUCUGGACCKGCUAGACUUGGAUACGGAGAAGCCUAGUGACGAAGAAAUGGCCCGGAAAUUCGGUUUCGAGGAGGCUUUCUUUCAGGGUAGACUCACUUGGUGGCAGCGGUUCAAGCCCCAGCUGUGGUCCAUGUUUGACGAACCGUACUCGUCGAACUCUGCCAAGAUCAUCGGCAUCGUGUCCGUGUUCUUCAUAUGCGUGUCAAUCCUAUCGUUUUGCCUGAAAACGCACCCCAAUAUGCGGGUGCCGAUCAUCAAGAACAUCACGGUGAACACAUCUCACAACACGACCGCCUGGGUGCUGGACAAGACCCAGACGAAUGCGCACGAGGCAUUCUUCUACGUCGAAUGCUUGUGCAACGCUUGGUUUACGUUCGAGAUCCUAGUGCGAUUCAUCGCAUCGCCGAACAAGUGUGAGUUUGUCAAAGCAUCAGUAAACAUCAUCGACUACAUCGCCACGUUAUCGUUCUACAUCGACCUGAUACUGCAGAAGUUCGCAUCACACCUGGAAAACGCUGACAUACUUGAGUUCUUCUCCAUCAUUCGGAUCAUGCGACUGUUCAAGCUCACCCGACACUCGUCGGGGUUGAAGAUACUGAUGCAGACGUUCCGGGCAUCUGCCAAGGAGCUGACACUACUGGUGUUCUUCCUGGUGCUAGGUAUCGUGAUAUUCGCCAGYUUGGUGUACUACGCGGAGCGCAUCCAGGCCAAUCCACACAACGACUUCAACAGCAUACCGCUUGGCCUGUGGUGGGCCCUGGUUACGAUGACCACUGUCGGUUACGGUGACAUGGCCCCGAAGACUUACGUAGGUAUGUUCGUCGGGGCACUGUGUGCACUGGCCGGUGUGCUCACCAUCGCCUUGCCCGUUCCCGUYAUCGUGUCCAACUUUGCCAUGUAUUACUCACACACGCAAGCCCGGGCCAAGUUGCCAAAGAAACGGCGACGGGUACUGCCCGUUGAACAGCCCCGCGGUCCCCGRCUACCUGGCCAAGGCCCACCGACCCAGCAACAGAUAAACCAGCCUGGUUGCGGCAUGGGCGGCAUCGGUGUCGGUGGUGGUGGUCACGGACCGUGCGCCGGCGUCGGUGGUCUGCCGCCGAACGUGGCCGGAGCUCCAGUCAACACGACGGGUGUACCGGCCGUCAACCGGCGUAUGAACGCCAUCAAGAGCAAUCAUCCCAAAGACGGGGCGGGACCCAAAGUCGUUGGCGUUGCAAUGACGUUGAACCCGAAUGGCGUGGGAGUAAAAGCCGAACCAGUGAUGUCCACGGGUGUUGGUGGCGUUAGCGGUCCAAGGAAACAGUCGGCCACAAAAACGUGAAUGCCUACGGUGAAUUGCGGCAACGGCCGUGAUAGAGGAACGUUUAUUCUAAAAUACGAGUGGAAAUCAAGGAUCAAAAUCGUUUAAUAUUUUUCGUUUUUAAGUUUUAUUGUUUUUCCAAAGAUGACAAAAUACACUCCCGUUACGAUAUUAUAUAAUACCUAAAUAAUAUAAUUUGUAUUCUGAGUAUUUUUAUUACUACAUGACGGCAGUAGGUAUAUCUAUUUAUAUUAUUAUUAUUAUUAUUAUUAUUAUUAACCUUAGAAAAAUUACAGUCCUGGCAUGAUGUACAAAUUUUACUUUUAAUACUAUUAAACUGCACACAAAAAAAACGACCAAAAAACGACCAAGUAAUGUGUAUGCAUUAAUUUCUGACCAAAGAUCCACGACGUUUGAAGGUACCUACAUGGGCAGCAGCCACUACUUAUGUAUUAGUUAGUAUAAUAUUAUAUGYGCGCCYCCUGUCAUCGUCAUCAUUAGAAUAAUAGUAUUAUAAUACAGCCUCUUGUUGCUAAUGUAUUCGCACCGAGUAACACUUGGUAUAAAUAUUUGAUUUCUGAUUUUUUUCUUUUACACACAAUAUUUGGUUAAAUGUUUUAUUAUAUUGUUAAAAUAUAUUUAUAAUACCGAGAUUAAAAAAUCUYGCUACUCCCUGCAGCAACCAUGGCCAUUAGGCUGUACUUUUAUAAUAUUAAGGUACUUACUAGGUAUUUUUUUUUAACGUGAGACACUCAUUAAACGUCACAAUGUUUUUAUAACUAKAAGUGUAAAUGGUUAUACCUAAUUAAAUAUUUACAUAUACGACAUAAAAAUUAAAAUUAAUCUUACCUAUAAG